GUUAUCGCAUAAGUGCUACUGUGUUAUUCAACAACUCGUUUUAGCUGCUGUCACUUUCUGCUGCUGCUGACUUCACUGACUGUAACUACCGCUGUAAGUCCCUAAUAAGAUGAUGAGGCUGCCAUGGCGGGUCCUGGCUCCGCACACAGCACCUGUAAGGAGAGCCUCCUCAGUCCCUGCAGGGCUGAUGAACUUUGUCCCCGCCUGCAGCACCACCGACGCCCACUCACUGGAGCUGCUGCAGGACUUUGUGACCCGAGCCAGACGCCUGUUUGUCAUGACCGGAGCGGGUCUGUCCACGGAGUCGGGCAUCCCCGAUUACCGAUCAGAGGGCGUCGGGCUGUACGCCCGCACUGACAGACGACCCAUGCAGUACGCAGAGUUUGUCCGCAGCGCAAAGUCCCGUCAGCGCUACUGGGCCAGAAACUUUGUCGGAUGGCCGCAGUUUUCCUCCCACUGGCCGAACUCUGCACACAAGGCCCUGCAGCGGUGGGAGGAGAGGGGCAAGCUGCACUGGCUGGUUACGCAGAAUGUAGAUGCUCUUCACUCAAAGGCAGGUCAGAAGAGACUCACAGAGCUCCACGGCUGUGCCCACAGGGUCACGUGCCUUGGCUGUGGUGCCAUCUCAGCACGGGAGGAGCUCCAGAGGCGAUUUAUAUCUUUAAACCCAGAGUGGCAAGCUCAGGCAGGCACUGUGGCCCCAGACGGAGACGUCUUCUUGGAGGAUGAGCAGGUCCUCCAUUUCAGAGUUCCCUCCUGUGAUGACUGUGGCGGGAUACUGAAGCCUGAGGUCACGUUUUUUGGAGACUCCGUGAACAAAGCAACUGUGCAGUUUGUGCACGAAAGGCUGGCAGAGUCGGACGCGGUGCUCGUCAUGGGGUCAUCUUUACAGGUGUACUCAGGAUACAGGUUUUUACUGGCAGCGAGAGACAGGGAGAUGCCGGUCGCCAUCCUGAACAUAGGGCCCACCCGAGCAGACCACCUGGCAGAGCUGAAAGUCAGCGGCCGCUGCGGGGAAGUGCUGUCAGUCAUUCAGCUGCUCUGACUUACCGCAGCCUAAAAAGCUUGAAGAGCUCUGCUGGUUAGGUUAAAACUACCUCAGAUUUAUGGAAACAGUUGCUCUCCGUUGUUACACGCUGUAUGCAGGUGAAUGAAUGUUAAUAAUUGUGAGCUAUAAAUGUGUCAGACUUGAAUCCAGCUGAUCUUCAUACAGCAGGUUGGUGUCAGGGAGCUGAAAUCCUGUCUCUGCAAUCAAAUGUCAACCUACCAGGAAAACAGAAAGUCUGUGCUUUGUUGUGUGAUUGCUGGUUUUAGGUUGCCACAAUAAUGGCAUGCAGGUCAAAUGUGUGAAGUGAAAUAAUAAUUUGCAGGCUUGAAGGAAAACAGAGGUACCCCAUUUCCUUCCUCAAGCUCUUUUCACUUUAUAGAUGGACUGUAUUCAUGCAGAAUGUCUUUUCAAGUCUUAUCAAACACACAAAGCACCAUCACUAUAUACUGACGACACCUUUGGAUUCAAACGCUCUUAUUCUGAUAAGACAAAAAGACACAGGGUGGCUGCUCUGAUGUAGAUGGGAAGAUGCAAUAUAAAUGUUUAUUUUCAUGUUCUGCCACCAGGUCUGUUUUAAAAGGUGCAAUUUGUUCUUCUUCCUUUUUUUUAUUAUGCAAUACUCAGAUGGUUAGUAUUUUGAUUGAUUUUAAAUGCUGCCGUAUUCAAUUUGGCAGCAUUUCCAUUUUUUGUAAAUUGCAGUUUAAAGUAGGUUGAAUUAAACUUUUUCAGGCUGGACUUUAAAGUGGCAUUAUGCUGUGGUUUUAAGGUUAUGUAGUGGAAACUUUCUGUAAUAAAAUAUUCAGAAAAUAAGAGUUUUUGG